AGGGUAUGUGAACCCAGCGGGCAGGGAAGAGGCUCCCAGGCAACGUCCUCGCAGCGUGUUGUCUGAAUCUGCGAGCUCCAUGUACACUAACAACACCCUAAGGAAGGGCACAGUGAAAGAGAAAUUAGCGAACUGAUAGUGUUCAUCCUGUUAUUGACUCUGACCGACUGCACGAAAGCACGCCGGUCUUCAGCUCUGGCUUACAACAAGGCUUAAUCAAAGUGAUUUAAAGCAUUGUCUAGGUUUUACUUCUAAGAGCUGUGUUGCACAAACACUGUACGUUUGGUCCGAUCUGUGCAUAUACCAUCCCAGCUGGAAAAACCGGCAUACAAAAAAGUUUGGUGUUAUUCCAACGUUGAAUGCCACAUGAAAAGAUGGCAAUUUCUACGUGGCUCUGUUGACUCUACCAAUGAUUUGCGGAAGCCGAUGGAAGCAUCAAAUUGGUGUGGCAUCAUCCUGGGGGCCCUGCUGUUGGUCUUCUGCUCAUGGAUGACACACCAGUCAUGUAUGUUCUUGGUGAAGUCGGCCAGCCUGAGCAAGAGGAGAACCUAUGCUGGCCUGGAUGCACAUACCUGCCCUUCAAGUCCAUAGACCUGCGCUCCCAUAGCCUUCUGCUGACUUGCUGCCGCUAACUCCCAGUACCUUGAAGCCUUCCUUGGAGUUGCGGAAAGGAGCCCCUCAAACCCCUGGAACUCCACGACGGAAACGCUUCAGUCCAGCUUGUGUCUGGGACUCGGUGCCCCAUCUGCCCCGAGGCGUUCCAUGCCUACGGCAAGGUGGGGAAGAUGCUGGUGGAGACCAGCAUGAUUGGGCUGAUGCUGGGCACCUGCGUUGCCUUCUACGUCGUGAUUGGUGACUUGGGUUCCAACUUCUUUGCCCCGCUGGUUGGAUUACGGGUGACCAACAGCUUGCGCGUGUUCCUGCUCUUCGCGGUGUCCCUGUGCAUCGUGCUCCCACUCAGCCUGCAGAGGAACAUGAUGGCCUCCAUCCAGUCCUUUAGUGCCAUGGCGCUCCUCUUCUACACCAUCUUCAUGUUUGUGAUUGUGCUGUCCUCCUUUAAGCACGGCCUCUUCAGUGGUCAGUGGCUGCAGCGAGUCAGCUACAUCCGCUGGGAGGGCAUUUUCCGCUGCGUCCCCAUCUUCGGCAUGUCCUUUGCCUGCCAGUCCCAGGUCCUGCCUACCUAUGACAGCCUGGACGAGCCAUCGUUGAAGACCAUGAGUUCCAUAUUUGCCUCCUCCCUCAACGUGGUCACUGCCUUCUAUGUCAUGGUGGGGUUUUUUGGCUACGUAAGCUUCACUGAUGCCACUGCCGGCAACGUGCUGAUACACUUCCCCUCCAACUUGGUGACAGAGAUGAUCCGAGUGGGCUUUGUCAUGUCCGUGGCUGUGGGCUUCCCCAUGAUGAUUCUGCCGUGCAGACAGGCCUUGAACACACUGCUGUUUGAGCAACAGCAAAAAGAUGGAACCUUUGCUGCAGGAGGCUACAUGCCCCCACUCCGGUUUAAAGUCCUCACCCUCUCGGUGGUGUUUGGAACCAUGGUCGGUGGAAUCUUGAUCCCCAAUGUGGAAACCAUCCUUGGCCUCACAGGGGCGACGAUGGGGAGCCUCAUCUGCUUCAUCUGCCCGGCUCUGAUCUAUAAGAAAGCCCACAAGAAUGCUCCCUCAGCCCAGGUGGUGCUCUGGGUCGGCCUGGGCGUCCUGGUGGUCAGCACACUCACUACCCUGUCUGUGAGCGAAGAAGCCCCUCUGGACUUGACACAAGAAGCUCGAAGUGGCCGCCGAGGAGAUGCCGAGGGCGGGGUGAAAGUGGAGUCUGCCCGGCUGUCAGUCCAGGAUCCCGUUGUGGUUGUUGCUGAGGAUAGUCGGGAGAAGCCAAAGCUGCCAGAGGACAAAGAGGUACUGGAGCAGGCCCAGAUUAAGGGUCCUGUAGAUGUGCCUGGAGGGGAGACCCCUGAGGAGAAGCAGGAAGCUGCACAGCUGGACCGCCCUGCUCAAGGUAUUGCUGUCCCUGUGGGCGAGGCCCACCGCCAUGAGCCUCCCAUUCCUCAUGACAAAGUGGUGGUGGAUGAAGGUCAAGACCAAGAAGGGCCAGAAGAGAAAAAGCCACCUCCCAGGCUCACAGAUGAAGGGGACCCUGGGGACAGGGGGCAGGUGGCACCACCUCCACCUGAGUCAGAGAAGGAAAAGCAGGAACCUGAGAGAGGAGAAGAAGAAGGGAAAAGACCUGAGCAAGUCCUGGCAAUGGGGGAAGAUGACCAUCCCCAGAAAGUUCCAGAAGCAAAUGGCCAGCCACCUGUCCAGCCCAGGAAGGACGAUUCCAGAGCAGACAAUAGGGAUCUGCAUCCGGUCCCCCAGUCCAGGCUCUCUGUGGAGCAGAAUGCUCUGGUGGCUGGUGAAGGUGUCCAGGCUGUGCAGAAGGCUGCAGGGGUCCCACAGAAGCCUGUGGAGAGUGACCUGGAGAGCAACAUUGGUGGGAAGGCGGGCCUCCCUGCACACAGGCCAGAGGCUGCAGCGGAGAAGGAGCAGGAGAAGGCCGAGCAGCCAGGUGGAGACCAGGCAGGGAGCAAGCUGGAAGAAGCUGGGAGGGCGGAGAUGCUGGACCAUGCCGUGCUGCUGCAGGUGAUCAAAGAGCAGCAGGUGCAGCAGAAGCGCCUCCUGGACCAGCAGGAGAAGCUGCUGGCUGUGAUCGAGGAGCAGCACAAGGAGAUCCGGCAGCAGCGGCAGGAGGACGAGGAGGACAAGGCUAAGCCUGCGGACAUGCAGCCAGAGCCUGGGAUGGCAGCUCUCCGAGGACCAGAGGAGGAGACCUGGAAUGAGCAUGCUGGGGAGACAGUGGAAGAGGAACCUCCACAGCCUUUGCAACCUGUGCUUGGAGCUCCUAGAGGUCGCCCUGCUUCACCCCAAGAGACGGGCCAGCAACCCCUGGAGGAAGCCAAGGCAGGGCCAGGCAGAGACCUUGCUGACCUUCCUGUUGGUGGCUCUGAUACAGAGCCCCAGGGGGUCCAGACUAAGCUAAGAGAAGACCAGAAGGGUGCUGUGCUCAAGGUGGCUGGAGCUGGGAGGGAGCUGGCCCCCGGGGACUUGGAACCAGUGCUCAAGCCAGACCCUGCCCUGGCACCCAAGAGUCCAGAGAAGCAGUUUGCAGAGGAAGUAGCCAGGCAGCACCAACAUGCCUUCGGUGGAGGUUCCCAAGAAAGGAAGGAAACUGUAAAGGAAGCAAUGGCCACUGGUGCCAAUAUUCCCAAAGAGGCUGCCCAGCCCUUGGCAGGGGCAGAGGCUGAGGACUCUCGCGCAAAGUCCAGGCAAUCAGGACCCACCAUGGUCCCAGCUAGGCCAGCAGAUACAGGCUUUCAGCCCCAAGCUAGGUUUCAGCAAGAACCCCAGGCCAUCUCUGACAAAGGUCAGGAUUCUCACCCAGAGGUAAGAAGUGAGGCUCCCCGAGGGGUUCACUUACCUGCUGAGGGGCAGCACAGAGGGAAGGAGGACGACACCAUCCUGGAGGCAAAGAAGAGGCCAGAUUCUAAUUCUGGGCCCAGACUAGCUGUGCCUGGGGGUCAGAAGCCAGAGAACGCCAAACCCAACCGAGACCUGAAAGUGCAGGCUGGCUCUGACCUCCGGAGGAGGCGGCGGGACCUUGCCCCUCAUCCAGAGCAGGAGCUGGCUCCGAAGGAUGGAGUCAUCAUUAGCUUUAACUCCCUGCCUAAUGUGCAGGGGAACGACCUCCGCGGUGCCCUGGACACCCAGCUCCGCCAGGCUGCAGGGGCCGCGUUACAGGUGGUACACAGCCGGCAAAUUAAACAGUUGCCUGGAGACCUAGAGGAGGAGUGAGAACCAGGCAUUGGACAGCAGUGACUGGAGGCCACACUCUUGUGUCCUCAUGAUGAGCUGGGAAAGCCUAACCCAGACAUUUUGUCACUCGGUGGUGUCACUUGCUCCAAGGCUUCGCCAAGGCACUCGCCAGCCCAAGUAUGGUUUGGGCCUUGAGCCAGCCCAGGAAAGGUAGUGCUGAGGUCCAGCUCUGCUGCUGCACCACGACAGCUCUUGUCUGUUCAGCACUGACAACUUUGAAGUUACCAGUCCUCAUCUAAUUUGCACUCUGACUUGACUGUCCCAUGUUCUCCACGGUGUGGGAAACCCCCUGGGGAGGCCCAGGGUUGGGUAUGACUUGACUUGGGUUGGGGAAGGAGGUACAUGGCCUUCCUGGUUUCCUAUCAUAUACAUUCUUUGAAAUUGAUUAUGAAACAAAAAAUAAAACAUCACUAACA